GCCGAAGUGCAUUGUGGGUAAACGAGCCAUGUUUUUGUGGUUGAAUGUGGUGUAGUACACGAAAGAGUAGCAAACAAGAUUCCGAUUAAUCCAUUUGGUUUUUUCAUGUGAAGACAGCUUGGUGGAAUCGGUGACGAGCAUCGAAUACGUCGUGCAGACACCAGCGAGAGGAAUUUUCUUCGCCAUGUUUAGCCCGCUACGUGCUGUGCUCGGCGGUCGCGUUUUUGCUUUUGAUCCGCAGAUUUUGACCUCAUAGUAGUAUCACUUUAGGCCCAGGUGUUGUGUGUUAAUUUGACACCGAUUAAUUUCACCUUCAUGUGAAGUGCGCGACCCGGUGCUCGUCCGGACGCCCGUGUUUCAACUCCGACGUGAAUCCCAUGAGGCCUGAAGCCCAACGAUGUCCGAGGCACUGGAGUGUCGGGCGGGAGUGAUGCCCCUGCGGGGCACAGGAGCUCGUGGGGGCUAAAGGGGCCCCGAGCUGGCAGCAUGGCCCAGUGGCCCCCUCGAUGGCGGCAGACGGCCCCCCCCAGUUGAGAGCGGCAUCCCUGCCCCCCUGCCCCCUCGAGGAGGGAACCCCCAGCGCCACGGAGGAGGACGCUGCCGCCUGGCCACAGCAGCAGCACAGCAGCAGUCAUGCAGCAGCAGCUAGCCACACCACCAUCACUGCAGGCCCAACACAUGAUCCAGCACCUGAGCUGCUGCAGGGCUCCAAGGAUGAAACACAUGCAAGCUCUCGCAGCAGUACUGCUACGAUGGAAGAAGUCACCCCAGGCAGUGGGAAACCUGGUUAUAUGUCCAGUGCUGUACAUGUGCCCCCUGGCUGGCGACGGUCUCUUGUCGAAGAGAGGAUUGUCUACUACAGCCCAAGCAACCACCAGCUGCGGACUCUGGACGAGGUGGCUAGGUACCUGCAGACCGACGGUGUCUGCAAGUGUGGCCUGGACUGCCCUCUCAGCCUUGAGAAGACGUUUAACUUCGAUGCGGCAGCUGUCUCUCAGCCCUGGUCACCCACUGCCAGCAGCAGCAGGUGCAGGGUGCCUCAAAAUGGUGGCGCUGCACCCGCAGUUGCUGCACUCACAACCACAGCCACAACCACCACCCACCACCAUUACCAGCAGCAGCACUGCCUGCCCAAGUUUGCCCAGCUCCAAGCCCCCCUUGCCAACGGCGCAGCCACGGUGGCAUCUCCACUGGCCAGGCCUGCGAGAAAAGAACCUGUCCGCAAGCGGAGUUCUCGCGCGAAACAACGUGGCCCUUUUGACGGUAUCCUGGUGUCUCAGUUGUUGGCACAACGCGACCAGAAUGCUCUGCGGAAGCAGGCUGUCAGCAGUUGCGCCUCUACAAACACGAAUGCCCCGGUGCAUUACACUAACUCCAUCACUGGUUCUGUGCCCUGGCAGGCUACUGGAUACUACCAGCCUCCUCAGGACACUGUGACCAUCCAGUGCAGCAAUACAAAUGUACAGGGAAACAACAGCUUCCCUCCAGUGUCUAGUGGGAUGAGGCCAGUAGUGGCCCAGGCCAUCUGUUCACCUGCUCCUUUGCCACUGCAAACAAGUACCGGUACAAACUACCAGUGUGCAAACUACUCCUGCUGCCCGACCAAGCCCACUGCUACCCCCUCCUCUUCGGGUCGUUCGAGGGGACAGAAGAAAUUGCCCCGUACGAGAAUGCCGAAGCUGAGUGCCAUCAUAUCCAGCCGUGCAGUGUGUCCAAAUGUAGACGUUGGCCAGAUGGUGGCAGCUGCUGGCCACUCUACAGCGAACGCUUGUCACGGGGUUCGUCAACCAAACUGUUCCACGCAUGAUGCUACUUCCCCUGCUUCCACGCCAAAUGCUAUGGCGGGGCCCAGGAUUGGCCAGUGUAACACUGUGCACGUGGAUAGUACUGGCCAGCUCACCACCUGUAGGACUGCAUCGAAAGAAAUCUCCAUGCAGGUGCCACAGGUGGGGGGGCUGUCGGUCCUUAAUGGAGCCCUGUCCAUUCCUUCUCAGUGCAGCACUGCCAUGACAAGUGCGCCUUUCAUCUUCACAAGUGCACCCAGUGGUGGCAUGAUGAAUCAGGGAAGGAGCACCAUCAUGGUGCAGCAGGUCUACAGCCAGAAAGUUGCCAGCUACUCUCCAAAUGAAGCUGCUAAGGGCAGCCAAAUGCUUCAGCACAUGAGCAGUGUAGUUCUCCCUCCCGGUGCCGGUGGCCUCUCUGCACAACCCAUGAUCAGUGGAAUCGUCGCCAACCAUAGUCUCCAGCGGGCCUUUCAUAUCUCAGCUGGGCCAAGGGAUUUUGGGCCAAACACAUCCUACUCCCAGUCACUUUUCACCCAGCAGCAGAGGUUUACUGAAGUGCCUCGCAGUUGCACAGAAUGCCCGGUGACCUCCGCAACCCUGUGCACAUCCUCGCUGUCAGCUCCUCAGGUUCUGCUGAGUGGCAACCCAAGCUCCAGCAUCGUGCUUCCACCUUCAAACCCUCCCCUUUCUGUUCCCAGUGUGUCGACAGUGACAACAUCCGUGGCACAGAUGAUGCCCACAGUGGUGCAGCUCAUCAACCCGCUACCGCUGAACCAGGUGCAGAACGCACUGCUCUUCCCGCAGCUUCCAACUUUGCGGCUUGACACCUUACCCACAUUCGGUGCUCCCGCUGGGCUCUUCAGUCCUGGUAGUACGUUCCUCUCACCUUCGCCAAUCCCGGUUCUUGGAUCGCCAGUGGGUUCAGACACAUCCCCCGGUUCGUCCCUGCUGGGUCAUGCCACCCUGCAGCCGUCCACAUAUGUCGAUUCGGCGGGACAGGUGCGGUCACGUGAAACUACAGUGGCUGCACCUCGGACGUUAAUGACAGCCAGUUUCGCACCCGGCACCGUACACGCCCUGGCAGCCACCCCACAGCCACCGCAGCAGCAGUCCUUCUACACCACAGAUGCAGUUGGUGGCAUGGUGCAGACCGGCCCAGUACAUCACAGUGGUGCUGCUGCUCUGGCCGGUGCUCCAUGCAUGUCCUGUGGACCGGCUCCAGUGACUGAGUCUGUGUGCGACAGUGCCUCCUGUCGUCUAGGCCUGGCCAAUGGGGAUGAUUGUACUUCCAAGGCCAAGUGUGGAGUGGCAGAGGUGGGCCGGGGGCCAGUGAAUAUGCUGAGCCUGACGGUUUCAAGUCUGCAACAGGCAGGUCUGCAACAGGCAGGUCUGCCUACAGUGACAGUAUUUCCAGCUGGGCAAACUCCCAUGGUCCAGUCGGGUCCCCUGCUCAACUAUGGAACCCUGCCUUCUGUGAACCACCCACAGCUGGUCAUGGGCAUGAUGCCAUCCCUGGGUCUGCUGGGCAUGCCUAUGCACAAUGUUGUCACUGCACAGCCGCAAUCCAUCACUGUGCUGCAGGAGCCCUGCCCAACCAUACAACAAACGCAGCAGCAGCUGCAUCCACAGCCUCAAUUGCAGCCACAGCCUCAGCUGCAGCCACAGCCUCAACUGCAGCCACAGCCUCAACUACAGCCACAGCCUCAAUUGCAGCCACAGCCUCAACUGCAGCCACAGCCUCAACUACAGCCACAGCCUCAAUUGCAGCCACAGCCUCAACUACAACCAAAGCCUCAUCUGCAGCCACAACCUCAGCUUCAGCCUCACCCACAGCCUCAACUUCAGCUUCAGCGCCCUUUGCAGCCACGGCCACAGACACAGCGAAAGUUGCAACCCCAGUUGCAUCCACAAGUUGAUUCACAGUUAACACCGCAGCCAUCUCCUCCGCUACCGUCGCCACAACAAAUGGUUUCCGACCAGCACAAGCUUGUUACACCUGUGGCACCUAUAGAACCUUUGCUAGAAUCAGUAGUUAUGCAGCAUGGUGGGACAGCAAAUCCGGAUGACAGCUCAGGUGUAGAGCUUUGUGCUCCAGCAAUGUGUUUCGAGGAUGAAAGAGAGCUGCCGGUCGAGGAGUGCAAGACAGGGUUCCUCAAUGACGAAUUGGCUUUUACAACAGCAACAACAGAAACCGAGUCCAACCAAUCAACCAGCGAAGAAGAGACCGAUGAGCAUUUGCCAAGGCCUGGCACUGAAGACUUUCCAGCGCACAUGAAUGCUGUUCCGGUGUACGAGUGUGAGGAUGUUCCGGUGUCUUCUGAAAAUGACUUUACACAUGUGCACAGUGUCGGGGUGCAAAGCAUCCCGUCGAAGCAGGAAGGCAGCCCGUCAGUCUCGUCCACGGUUCCCAUCCACACAGGAUCGAUGCACGAAGUGAGUCGGGUGCGCUUUGAGUGGACAGCUUGUGGAACUGAACAAGAAGGCCACAUAUCGUCCAGCACAGGAACAAGUGACGACCCUGGCUGUGCCUCUUCGGUGGACUCGAGCCAUGUGCAGCCGCGGCAGAAUGAGUGUGCCGGUGAGGAGACUCUGGUAGAAGAAGGACAGCCUUCCCUGGGCGGGACAAGCAGUAGUGGGGAUUCAGGUGUAGAUUCGAGUCAUGAGUUACAACGGACAAACGUGACCUGUGCAGAAUCAUUAGAGGGUGAUGAUAUCAAGUGUAUGAAGCAGAAGGCCAAGAAGGACCCCAAGCGUAGAAGGAGGAACUGCUUUACCUUCACCCAGGAUGAGUUCAGAGAUGACUCGGCUGAGGAUGAGCGAGAAUCUCCCCCACUGCCUCCACAACCACGCACGUUUGACAUUGGGGACCUGGUGUGGGGUCAGAGCAAAGGCUUUCCCUCAUGGCCAGGCAAGUUGGUGCGACCAGACCAAGUGCGGGGCCACCAUAUCAUCUCUGAGGACGGCAAGCUCUGGGUGCAGUGGUUUGGUGAUCACAGUUUCACCCAAGUGGAGCCAGACCAACUGAAGACCUUGUCUGAGGGUCUUGAGGCACACCACAGAGCUCGCAAGAAGCACCGCAGGGGUCGCAAGCUGAAUGGCAACCUGGAAAAUGCCAUUCAGGAAGCUAUGAUGGAACUGGACCGACAGACUGGCACCGUUCUACCUUGACCAUCGCACCACCACUUGUUGUUGCUACUAUCAUCAACUUAUGUCUACUCAAUGUGAGCUAGAAUGCCCAAGCACAAGCUAAGGCAUGUUUGGAGUUGUAUGGUGGCACCGAUUUUGGCACGUUUUGGACUAGUUCUGCAAACUCUUUCAUUGCUCGAGUGAGGCUUAAGAGCCACGUUCGUACUUGGUCUACCAGCUUCACCCUUGACAUACUUAAUGCUUGCAACAGACUGACUAAUGUCAGAAGAACGGUUGUGAUUCGAGGGAAGGCCUAUCUCCUCUGGCUGUCAUGCUACCUACAAAAAGCUGUCAUGCUAGAACUGCAAAAAGUUCCGUAACUUCCUCAUGCUGCCUGUAGCUUGAAUAACCUCAUAUUGUAGCUGCAUUGGGAGGAGGCCAGUACGUGGAAGUGUGUUCAACGGCACCAACUCAACAGAAAUAUAGUAGUAGUAGUAGUAGUAGUAGUAUCAAGAGUAAAGACAUGAAGCUCCAUAAGGGCAGCAAGAAAAUUGAAAUUGAGACGUGAUAACGGAAACUUGAAACUCUUGCUGUUCUCGCUGCAGCAUUUGCGUGCGAUGUCAGGAUUGGUGCCACUGUCCCUCUUGGAAUGCAUGCUCUCUAGCCUCUGCUUGUGGCAUUUUAGAGCUCAUGCCAAGUGUGAUGGUUCACGCACAAUACCGGUGCAGUUUAAUUUCCUGCACAUUUCACUGCUUUUCAUUUUUACAUGUUUAGCUCCGAGCCAUUCAUUGUUUUUCUCCUACCGGUGUAACCCUUGGCGACUGUACUGUUUGCCUUGAGGAGUAUUCGUUAAUGUCUUGGGAGAGGAACUACGGUGCUUUGAGGCUGGUGAAGUUGCAUUAGAAUGCGUGGGUGCUGAUUGAUUUAUUGCCAACCCUUUGUAGUUGCCACGUGCGCAGAGUUGCGCAGCUUUAAUUAAGCGUAGGCAGAGGCUCACUGUGACAGCAAGAUAGGGCAAAAUGAACUAAGGUACUGUGUCACAAAGUUCCAUCGCAGAAUAUGUGUGAUAAUGUGAUUAUUUUACAUUAUGGUGAUUACAAAGGUAUUUUAAUGAAUGUGUGAGAAAAUGAUAUCUUGGAAGCAAAAAUCGUACUUUUAUGAGAUCAACUCUGCAGAAAUGUGUUUAAAGCAUUUUUCUCGAUGCUCUGCAGUGUGUAAAUGCAAGCAACGACCUUUGAUUUUCUUAUCAGUCAGUGACCGAAUUUCAAUUUGGUGCAUUAGUGGCACAAGCAAGAACUAGCUGUAAGCACCUGGAUGUUUCAUCUCUGUCGUAUCUUUUUGGUAAUAACGGAUGGAUUGAAGAUCUUUCUUUUCUACAAACCAGUACGUAUAUGCAAGAACAAGUAGGAUAUCUUCUUGAAGUUGGAAUAAUGUACAGUAACUUUUUAUGAUGGCUUAUGAGCACAUAUAACAGGCCAUCACACAUUAUUGCAGUACUCUGGCUGAACAGGAACUUUUCUGAGUGUUCUGCGAGGAACACUUCAUUGUUUUUCUAUUUAUUUUUUGUUAAGGAAGGCUGUUAAGUAGUAGAGAGAUAAAGUGUCGUAAAGUGCUAGCAUUGCUUGGUAUUGUUUUAAUUUAUUCCAUCUAUUGAUGCUUUUGUUUUCUUUCAUCUUAGUCAUGGUAGCAAGCUACUCCACUUCAGCUUUUGUUGAAUUUUGUUGUAGAAAAAAAAAAACUCUAGAUUGCCACUUCCCAAGACAUUAGUGAAGACUUCGCAAACCCCCCCCCCCCCCCCUUCCUCCUUGUCUCAUUCCCAGUUGCUUUCAACACGUAGAGUGUAAAAAAGAGUUUGAGCUUGCUUCACAUGUGUACAGUAGAGAUUUGCAGAGAAGUGGAUGAAUAUAACAAAGGAUUACGAGGAAAAAAAAAAAAGCUAUGAAGAGUGGAGAUCUUUUUAUACAGAUGCUAUACAAAUAUAUAUAUAUAUGUAUACAUAUAAAUAUAUAAAUAUUAUAAAUACUAUAUAUAUAUAUAUAUGACAGCGUUGCUGUUGACGUUUGCUGUUCGUCGUUUGUUCGGUCAUUUUUUUUUUUAUGCUUUUUUUUACUUGCAGGAUACCCGAUUCCCCUGUUUCGAUUGCCCCUUCCCUCGCGUAACUUCCUGCUUGUUAAGGACAGUUGGUCCUAGAAAGUUGUUUUUUACAUUUCACAUUUUUUUUCCUGCUGUGAGAUCGAAUGAUGUGUCGAAGGUGGUCAGAGUGAUGCUGAGUUUUGAAUUUUGCGUGUUUGGGGAUUCAGAUUUCUUUUGCGUAGAAGUAUUAAUCUUUAGGUGCUUGACUAGCCCCCUCACCUUGUUUUGUUGUUUCUGAGGCGUGCUGAAGAGAGUAGCAGAGGAAGGCAGCCAGAAGUUGUAAUACAGCUUGGACAUUAUGCAGAUUAUCAAAAUGUAUUUUCUGCAGCAUAUCUGAGUUGCUCUUUGCGUAUGUUCUGAAUCAUAGCAUAAAUCUGCAACAAAGACCCCAUUGGCUGCUGGCCACUGAAGUUUUUUAUUUGCUUGUUAAAAGAAAUAUAGCUGCUGAGAGCCAACAAGCUCAUAAUUUGGACUCGUUAAAUAAUAACAGCCGUAACUGAUGUGGGAGAGGGCAGUAAAAUUGUGCGCAGCCAGUAAACACUUAAACUAUGGUUAUUUGAACCUGAUGUAGCAGAAUAGCUUUUUUUUUUUUACAUUUUACGUAAUAGAACAUUUGUACCGUGUGAAAUAGAUCUUAAAUCCAGAUGACCUGUCAAAUUAAAAUUGAGCCAUUUCUGACAAGAUAUAUUAUCCAUUAGGUCCUGUGUCUUAAAGUAAAAGGAUUGCAGUACUUUAUGGAAGAAGCUAGAGUGUCUAAGAGCACCAUUGUUUGCUGGAAAUGCACGUCAUCAAUCUUCAUUGUUAAAAGUUCAGCAGGUUGAGUGCAUUUUCAGAUCUAGUUAAACUUUGCACUCCACAAAUUGCAUGGAAUUCUCCUCCGCUAUGUUGUUUGAAACCUUUGCACGUUAUUUGGCAAUUCACUACAUCUAGUUUCAUGUGCUGCUUUUCUGUUACCAUAAAAGACUGAAGUAAUUUUACCUCUCUAAGGCAACGAAUUAAUGAAGGCGAAACUGCAAGGCCUAGAAAGAGCUUACAAAUGCCAUUUGCUUUAAGCUAGCCUAGCAAAGUCAUUAUGUGUUUCAUUGAUGAGUACUAUUCCCUAUUUCUGGCAAUAUUCGUACAAGAGAUAGAAAUAUGUAAUGCUAAUUAUUAUUAGGAGCUAAAGAGUUCAGCUUCAUGCUGCAAAUAGAGUGAUACCAGAGCACCAUCUAACUAUCACGCUGUAACGAAAUUCAGUGUGUUACGAGAAUGUCAGCUUGGUAGGUAGUACACUGAAUCGCCACUGCACAUGUGGGAAGGCUUGCGCAGCAGCCUCCCUCACCAUAGUUGUAUGGCGACGACACCAUCUAAUCUUUUUACGUUGCUUGUCUGCCGAGCCAAACACCGCGACCCGCUGGAGUGUUGCAGAAAAGAAAAAUGUGAGGGUGUAGAUGAGCCUACAGCAUCCUCUCUCACAGUAAAGACAGUAGCUGCUUUCGCACAUGCCAUCAUGUUUGGAGAGUUUCAGCAUUUCAUUCCUAAGCCUUGUUUAAAUUGCAUUGCAAAUGUACACCCAAUUAUUUUAUUUGUUAUUUAUUUGUAUUUGUAGAAUACUGCGGACAAAAAGUCCAAGCAGGGUGAGCAUACAUGAAACACACGAAAUAACAGAAUGAAACAAGGUUGCAAAGCGUUUUUUACACAAUUUCUUUACAUAUAAGACCGAGGGGUUAAGACUUUAAAAAAAAAGUAAC